CCUACAAGCUUGACAUACCGUUUUCUGCACUACUCAUCAACAUUUCUGGCCUUCGUACAACUGGAUUGCUUCUUGCACAAGGCCCUACAACGACCUCACAUACGUCACAAUGGCUGUCACGGUUGAAGAGAGAUUCAGGCGGAUGCAAGCAACCCGCAUGCCUGCUAAUACCUCGUCCUACCCCGCCGCUUGGAGUGUCACAACUGCAGCAAAGCGUCGUGCGGCUUCUUCCGCUACCAUCACGACACUUGCAAAGCGUCGUAAAGACUCUACACCUCCCCCAAAGAGUCGCAGCACUUCCACUCCUUCUACGAGGAGCCGCCAGGCCUCCACUCCAUCUGAUGUUGCUACCCUCGCCCUCCCUGUCGAAAGAACCCCUGGUGUCCCGUAUGCCGGUGUCCGAACUCUUCCACGAACGUACCUCAACUUCUCGCACUUCUUUCGGACCAUCGGGUUCGAAAUACGGGACAAGUCUCUCAAGGCGAUCGAGAACGCCGGUGUCAACGGAGAGGAGCGUUGGCGUGCUCAGCACUACGAUCCACAGUACGCCACAGAAUCCUGCAAACUCGCCUUCCUGAUCCAAGUCGAAAUACAAUGCGGGCGUGAAGAGUCUGAGGGGCAACAGCACGCGUGCUACCGUUGCUACACCCUAAAACCCAAAGGCGCUUUCGAAGACAAGCCGCACCACAUCAUCGUAUCCCCCCAUGGAGGUCUCAGUAUGUACGCCUAUACUACUCAAGACCUGCCCGUGAUCAGACAGGGAGAGAGUAUCCUCCGCCGGUUUUGCAUAGAGUGCGGCGUCAGGGAUGGCCUGUAUCCUAGCACGGAGCUGGUCCAUUCGAUGACUGGGGACAGGUGGUGGGUGUGCGAGUGCCGGCACCUGCACUGGAUAUCGCCCCCUGAGUCGUACGUCAGGUGCAGACGUUGCCUGGCGAAGAGUGGCUUCAGGUCGCUGGUCCUGGAGGACGGAACCUCUGUCUCAUCAGGUGGUUUUUCUCCGUAGGGGUGCCGGUUACUCGAGCCCGUGUUGUGAGUGGCUCAGAGAGAAAGAGGCUCAUUGUGCGAAAGGAGUGAUAAGAAACGGGAUCGCUAUGGGCUGGGAUGUACAUCCCCGAUAGGGGAUUUGUGAUAUUGGCAACACGGGCCAUUUGGCGUUAAAGUUCCUGUUUGAGUAUCGCUUGCUGGGUGGUCAGGAGGUUGGUGCUAGAUGAAACUGUCUUUUCGUUGCUCGAGGACUUGGUGGGGAGGGCAAUCCAUACGCCCGCACGCAAGACGACAGAAUGAUCUCGGAAGCGUUAAAUGGAGGAAAACAGCACUCCAGCGAAUGGCGGAAAACAGAGAAUAGAGGGGUGUAAUAUUAGCCUUGGGCUAGGAAGUGUGGCAUGUGAACAGGGACGAAUCUUUUGAAUUGAUGUAACAAUUUUAUCUAGUCAACUACGAGUUAUCACCCCGCUCCCCUCUGUUCCAGAAACU